UUAAUUAAUUUAUCACAAAUUUCAUGUUUUUUCCAUCCGUUUUAGGGUUAGAUUUAUUUUGUUUUGGGUUAGUGUUAAUUCUCUUUGAACUUAAAAUCAAAUGGCUUUGGAUUGAGUUGGAACACGCAAUUGAGAUUUGGGACCUAGAAAAUCGGAAUCAGAAAUGAUUUCUUUUGAAUUUGAAUUGUUUUGAUCAUGAAUCGGAAUACUACUGAAUAAGUUCAUGCUGCAAAAAUAGCAGCUAUUGACAAUAUGGAGCCUUUUUAUAUUCUUCGUGUGAGCACUCCUUCCAUGUAAAGACAGAAGUAUGAGAGAUAAGCGAAAUGAAUUACCUUGCAUUAGGUGGAGUUAGGAGCACCCGUGGAACUUGUAAAUCACUUUGGGGACCUUAGAUAAGUAUGGCCAGACAUGCUUUGUGUUUCUUACCAUUUUCAAACACAAGAAGUAUACAAGUAAGACAAGAAGUAGAAGGCUAUAUUGCUCAUAUCUAUUUUUUGUGUUUGUACUUGGCAUAGGUUUUUCAAAAUCACUUGAAUUUUUGAUUUAGCAUUUGUGAAUCUUUCUGGAAUUUGGUCCGCGUAUAAUUUUUAUGAUGCAGUUUGCAAGUUUUUCCUGAUGUGUAUGCUAGUUGUGAAUUCAUUUUUCUCUUUUCAAUGUCAGCCAAAGAGGCAUCAUAUCACUGAAUCCCUUUUUGAAAGCUGAUUCUGAAAGUCAACGCUGCUAAAGAAGAAUAUGUAUUUUCCACACUUUGUCGACCACAAAAGGCUUAACACAAUGCCAACUAGAUCAAAUGUUUGGAAAGAAAAAAGCAAACGGCCAGAUCCGCCUUGUGUUGUUUGCAGAGGAAGUGGGAGAGUUGAUUGUCAUGAUUGCCGUGGAAGAGGGAGAACAAAUCACAUUCAUUUAACAAUGCUUCCGAAAGGAGAGUGGCCGAAAUGGUGCAGAAGCUGUGGUGGAAGUGGUCUUGGCUACUGUCCUCGUUGUCUUGGAACUGGCGAAUACAGGUACAUAAUGGGAUUCCAGUUCAUGGAGAGGGACACAGAUUACGUGCAAAAUAAUCAAAUACAUGAAGUUCGCAAUACGGGGGGACAGCAUUCCUCCGCAGAGGUUCUACUAAAUGACGAUGAAUCAGCUGUGAAAGGUGAAUCUUAAUGCCAUGUUUGGUAGGGAGAAUAUUUAGUAUUGGAUUCAUCAUGUUGUCCAGUCUUGCCUAGUAUGGCAUACCAAACAUACACAAAGGAAUGGUGUGAGCAGCUCUCAGAUCUUUGGGCCUCCAUUUUAUACAAUUCGGAACAAAUGCUACUCAUUGUAUAUCAGAAAAGAAAAUUACAAAUUAUAUUGACAUUUUUGUAGAAUAAUUGCAUCUCUUUCAAGUUGUGUGUCAUUAAGGCUCUCUUUCUGCUAUCAGAAGUUUAGUUGUUUUAAUGGGAACAUAUUCUUUCAGAGUCAAUGUUUGAGUUCUCAUAUGACAAAUCAAUGUACCAUGUUUGCAAACUGCAAUCCUGGUUCAUUGCAAGGCAGCAUUUCUGCUAUUGAAUC